CGCAUUCCGUCUGUGUCUUUGUUUUGCACAUACCUUAGGCAUGUCAAUUUUGAAAAGUACAAUAGCAAAGAGAGGAAUGACAAUGAAAACGAAUGAAACCAUAGAAAUUGAAUUUAUCACACCUUGAGCGGCGCACGGUAAACGUGUAUAUAACUCUUUUAUAUUUAUUUUCGGUUACCUCUUUGCCGUAUAAACGGAAAAAACGAACAAAAAAUCGUCUUGCAUUUAUUAAAUAAUCCAAUAAAAAUCAUUCGAAUGCGUCAAUCGAGUUAAAAAAAAAAAUGUUCCAGUUCUGUUGCUCAAUCGAAAAAUGUCAACCACACCAGAACAAUGUGCCGUAAAGCUAUGAAACUGAAAUAUAAACGCAAAAAACAACACGGGAAAACGCGCAAAACUAUGCAACAUAACUAAAUGUAGUAAAUAGCCGUUACUUAAAAAAUAAUUUAUAUUGGAAACGAAAAAAAAUAACCAAAGGCGUGUGUUCAAAAUGCAAAUGCCAAACAUAUUUAGACAAUUGAGACAACAUAAUUUCUUGAUUGCAGUUGCAAUCUAUAUGCAUAUACUAGAAAAGUCCAUUCAAUUAUGUGAUUGUGUUCAUGGUUACAGAAACAAUACAGAGAGUGCCGAGCUGGUAUCUCAUUAUGAAUCAAGUCUAUCGCUGCCAGACAUAUUGCCCAUACCAUCGAAGACUUAUGACAAAAAUCGUGCACCCAAGCUGCUGGGCCAGCCGACCGUUGUUUACUUCCACGUCACCGUACUUUCCUUAGACUCAAUCAAUGAGGAGUCCAUGACCUAUGUGACGGACAUCUUUUUAGCACAAAGCUGGCGCGAUCCUCGUCUGCGUUUGCCAGAGAACAUGAGCGAACAGUAUCGGAUCUUGGAUGUUGAUUGGCUGCACAGCAUUUGGCGUCCCGAUUGCUUCUUCAAGAAUGCCAAAAAGGUGACAUUCCACGAGAUGAGCAUACCCAAUCACUAUCUUUGGCUCUACCACGACAAGACUCUGCUCUAUAUGUCCAAGCUGACGCUAGUGCUCUCCUGCGCUAUGAAAUUCGAAUCCUAUCCGCACGAUACACAAAUCUGUUCCAUGAUGAUAGAGAGUUUAUCCCACACUGUGGAGGAUUUGGUAUUCAUUUGGAACAUGACCGAUCCGCUAGUGGUGAAUGCUGAAAUCGAGCUGCCACAACUGGACAUAUCAAACAACUAUACAACUGAUUGCACCAUCGAGUACUCAACGGGUAAUUUCACCUGUUUGGCCAUAGUUUUUAAUUUACGUCGACGCCUCGGCUACCAUUUGUUUCACACCUAUAUACCCUCGGCGCUGAUUGUGGUGAUGUCGUGGAUAUCGUUUUGGAUUAAGCCCGAGGCAAUACCGGCCCGUGUUACCCUGGGCGUUACUUCGCUGCUGACGCUGGCCACCCAGAACACACAAUCACAACAAUCGCUACCGCCGGUGUCCUAUGUAAAGGCAAUUGAUGUCUGGAUGUCAUCCUGUUCGGUGUUCGUAUUUUUAUCUCUAAUGGAGUUUGCUGUAGUUAACAACUAUAUGGGACCGGUGGCUACCAAGGCCAUGAAGGGUUAUUCGGAUGAGAACAUCACAGAUCUAGAUGAUCUGAAGUGUGUCUUACAGCAUCAUCAUCGGGAGUCCAUAAUAGAACCACAAUAUGAUACCUUCUGUCAUGGCCACGCAACCGCCAUCUAUAUUGAUAAAUUCUCGCGCUUUUUCUUCCCCUUCUCGUUCUUCAUACUCAACAUUGUUUACUGGACAACUUUUCUAUAGAACCAUGUGGAGCACUUCUAAUGUUAACUUUAAAAACAUUAAUAACAAUAAUAAUACAAAACGCAUUUGUUUAAAAAUGUAUAUAGCUUGUAAGCCACAGUCGAAUUUGCAAGUAAAUUAUAUAAUAUACAUAUAA